GUACAGGUUAUACGCUACAGAUUGUUUUUCGUUAUUCUCCCGUCGAGGCAUUAAUAUGGUCUAACAAAUUAAACUUGAUUUAGAACAGAAUUGGUGCGUAUGUUUGUAUUGCUGCAUAUGGGUGUAUACAUUUUUGACACGUGAAAAUUUUAAAACUGUUACGCUAGCAAUGUACAAGUAUUGUUGUGAAUAUAUGUUAAAAAUAUGCUUACAUAUUGUGCCACUGUGUUUUCGUUAUUGAUGUUUGUAGAAGCUGAACAAAGAUUGCAUACAUCACAAAUUUCAUUAACGAAAUUAUAUGAUCUGCAAAACGAGCAUUUUAAUGCCUUAAAUAAAUACUUGGAAUUGGAGAUAAAACGUUUGGAUGAAUUAAAAGAUUAUGUAGCUGCAGUAUAUGAAUGGCGUGCAGAUCAUAAAAAUACCAACAAAGGCUUUUUAGACAAUCAUUUGGAUAUCACUAAAGUGAUGAAGCAAAUGCAUCACCAUUUUUUUAAAACUAAAAAUUUAAUAAAAAAUAAACAAUCUAUAGCAGCGUUAAGUGAAAUUGACGAGCACAAAGAUCUUAGUGGUAAUCAUAUAUUAUUGGCACAUCGAGCAAUAAAGAGACUACAACAAUUUUAUGUGAUUCCUGCAUCAGACAUGUCAGCAGGUAGAUUUAAUGACAGAAUCAUCGGUGACCGAAUGGAUGCAUGUGAUUGUUACGCCAUGGCAAAGUAUUGUUCAGAGGAAAAUGAUAUGUACGGCGUUAUAGAAUGGGCUGUUGAAUCGUAUAAUAAAUGGGAGAGCGAUGGUCGACCAGAAUGUGUAGAUCCAGAACUUUUAAAUUUCUACAUAGUAUCAUCAUCAGUUUAUACAGGAUUUGACUUUUCGAAUUUAAUACAUAUUAAUGGAUCUAUCAAUCUCCAAGAAGAUAUUGAUAAAUUUUCACGGUAUUAUCAUCUUAUAAAAAAUGAAUUAAUUGAACUGGAGAAGGAGAAUGCGUUGAAUACAUUUGAAGUAUAUUAUCGUUUGCAAAAAGGAAUAAAUCAAGAUAAUUUUAGAAAUUUAUGUAAACAUGGGGUAUCACAAACAAUAGACAAUUACUUAAAAUGCAGAUACCAAACGAAAGAUUCAUUUUACCGAAUACUGAUGCCCUUUAAAGAAGAAGAUAUUAAUAGUGAGCCAUUAAUUAAAAUAUAUCAUGAUGUAUUAUAUGAAAACGAAAUUUCAAAAAUUAAAACUCUGGCUUUAGAAAACAUGAUAGAUGCAAAAAUUCAAACAUCUAUUAACGCUUCUACAAUAGAAGAACGAAGUCGUUCAGGUCAAGUCUGCUGGAUAAAUAACAACGAUGCCGUUAAAUAUUUUGAUUCAUUAAAUACUCGUAUAGAAACUUUUACUGGAUUUACUACAAAGACAGCUGAAAAAUAUCAAAUAGUUAAUUAUGGUUUAGGUGGUCAUUAUUUACCACAUUAUGAUCCAUUUCCAAAAGGAGCUGAAAGUAAGAUGUUUGGUAACAGAUUAGUAACCGUAUUAUUUUAUUUGACUGAUGUUGAAAACGAUGGAUAUACAUCAUUUCCUUUACUAAAUAUUAUUGCUCCUACUGAAAAAGGAGCUGCAUUGGUUUGGAAUAAUUUGGAUAUGUCUAAUGGAAAAUUAGACGAGAAAACACUUCAUGGGUCAUGUCCUUUAUUGAAAGGAAAUAAAUGGAUUAUGACCAAAUGGCUGUACGAAGAAGGACAAAAUUUACCUUAUGAUUGGAAAAAUAAAUGAAAAAGUGUUCAAGUUAUAUACUAUAAAAUAAUAAAUAUUUAAGAAUUUAGUAA